AGUGUUGUAUCCCCUUGUGUUGACCACCAGCAGGCUGUUGAUGGUGAGGUGAACUACGUGUGUAAUGAACCUUCACCUGCCAGAGGAGCCUCAGAUAAGCUGUAUAGUAAUCAAGAGAGAUAUUCAUUAAAACUUGCAAAUAAUAAAAGAAAAAGAAGAAGGAUUGAGUGAAUAAAGGCAGUCAUGGCCAACAAACCCCAGAAGAUGCCCAAAGUGGCCAAGGUGAAAGACAAGUCUCCUGCUGAGCUACAGAUAACAGCAGAGCAACUCUUGAGGGAAGCCAAAGAAAGAGAACUUGAAAUUGUACCUCCACCACCACGUCAAAAGAUAUCAGACCCAGAAGAACUUCAAGAAUAUCGACUGAAGAAGAGAAGAGCUUUUGAAGAUAGCAUUCGCAAAAAUCGAGGAAAUAUAUCAAAUUGGAUCAAAUAUGCAAAGUGGGAGGAGGAGCAGCAGGAGAUCCGUCGAGCCAGAUCUGUGUAUGAAAGAGCCCUGGAUGUCGACCACAGAAAUAUUACAUUAUGGCUUAAAUAUGCUGAGAUGGAGAUGCGUAGUCGGCAGGUCAACCACGCCCGCAAUGUAUGGGAUAGAGCUGUCACCAUCCUGCCUCGGGCAAACCAGUUCUGGUACAAAUUUACUUACAUGGAGGAAAUGCUCAAGAAUAUUGCUGGCUGCAGACAGGUUUUUGAGCGAUGGAUGGAAUGGGAGCCAGAUGAGCAGGCUUGGCUUACUUACAUCAAAUUUGAGCUUCGCUACAAGGAAUUGGACAGAGCAAGGGCAAUCUAUGAACGCUUUGUUUAUGUUCACCCUGAGCCCAAAUACUGGAUCAAGUAUGCACGUUUUGAAGAGAACCACAGCUACAUUCAGAGUGCCAGACGGGUCUAUGAGCGUGCAAUCCAGUUCUUUGGCGAUGAUCACUUGGAGGAGAGUCUGUUCAUUGCAUUUGCUAAAUUUGAGGAAGGUCAGAAGGAACAUGACCGUGCCAGAAUUAUUUAUAGAUAUGCUCUUGAUCACAUGCCCAAAGAAAAAUGCAUGAACCUGUAUAAUGAAUAUACCCGACAUGAGAAAAAAUAUGGAGAUAAGUCAUCAAUCGAUGAUGUCAUUACCAGCAAGAGAAAAUUCCAGUAUGAGGAAGCAGUAAAAGCAAAUCCUCAUGACUAUGACACAUGGUUUGAUUAUGUUAGGAUGUUGGAAGCAGAUGGCAAUGUUGAUCUCAUUAGAGAAACUUAUGAAAGAGCAAUAGCCUGUGUUCCACCCUUAAAGGAGAAGAGGCAUUGGCGGCGUUAUAUCUACCUUUGGAUAUAUUAUGCAGUGUUUGAGGAACUUUCUACGAAGGAUAUAGAGAGGGGCCGUCAGGUGUACCAGAUAUGCCUGCGCCUCAUUCCACACAAAGUUUUUACCUUUGCAGAGAUAUGGCUACUCUAUGGUAAAUUUGAGAUACGUCAAAAAGAUCUUACAGCAGCAAGGAAAGCAUUGGGACAAGCUAUAGGCAUGUGUCCAAAGCACAAGCUUUUUCGUGGAUAUAUCGACCUGGAAAUUAAAUUACGAGAAUUCGACCGUUGCCGUAAACUUUAUGAAAAAUGGGCUGAAUUUGACCCAGAAAAUUGUAAAAUGUGGAUUCAGUUUGCAACCUUGGAAGCUAUGUUGAAUGAUGUUGAGCGAGCAAGAGGUAUAUAUGAGCUAUCAAUUGCACAGCCACGUCUUGAUAUGCCAGAAUACAUGUGGAAGUCAUACAUUGAUUUUGAGGUGGAACAGGAGGAAUGGGAUCAUGUUAGAAGUCUUUAUGAGCGACUUCUGGAACGCACUCAUCAUGUUAAGGUUUGGAUCAGUUAUGCUAAAUGUGAACAUUCCAUGCCAACUGAGGAUAAUGUUGUUCAUGCACGAGCAGUAUUCCAACGAGCAAAUCGUGCCCUUCGCUCAUGCCAAGAGAAGGAACAGCGGCUGAUGCUUCUUGAAAGUUGGAGAGAUUUUGAAGAUGAAUUUGGGAAUGCUGAAAGUGAAGAGAAGGUAAAGAAACUAAUGCCUAGGAAGGUAACACGCCGACGACAAGUCUCCACAGAUGACGGUUCACAGACACGUUGGGAAGAAUAUAUUGAUUAUAUCUUCCCAGAUGAUGAGGCAGCUAAACCUUCACUUCUCUUGUUAGCAAAGGCUAAAGAAUGGGUGAAGAAGCAACAAGAGCAGAAAAUUGAUUCUGAAGAGGAUAUUCCUACAGCAGAGAAGCCAGACUAUGAAGAAACGACUGAAGUUAAUCCUGACUUAGAUCGUGAUGAUAGCGAUGUUGAUGUUGGUUCCUCUAGCAGUGAAUGGUCCAGUGAAAGUGAUCAAGAAGAUGUGGCAAAGAAGAGGAAAGAAAGAAAAAGAAAAUAUUCACACAAAAGGGAUGAAGAUGAUAAGAGAACCAAAAAAGUGGAUAAAACAAAAAGUUCAGAUAGUUCAAGUUCUAGUGAUGAAGAAAAAGAGAGAACAGGAAAGAGUAGUAACAAAGGAAGUAGUAGUGACUCAAGUGAGGAAGAGAGGAGAGCAAAAAAGAAGAAAGAAAUUAAGAGAAGAUCCUCAACAAGUUCAAGUUCCUCAAGUGAUGAAGAUGAUGAGAAAAGUUCAAAAAAGAAAAAAGAUAAGAAAAAGAGCUCUUCAAGUGAUAGUAGUAGUAGUAGUAGUAGUAGUAGUAGUAGUAGUAGUAGUAGUAGCAGUGGUAAUUAGGAGCAAGGAAGGCAGUGCAGUAUAUAGACUGGCAAAUUAAAGGGGAACUUCAUAAAAGCCUAGACAUAUCAGUGAAAACAAAGUUAGGUUCAGCACAACCUGCAAGAAGUAUCCCAGUACUCUGUUUGCUGUAAAUAUCCAGCUUUUUAUCAUUGAGCCUUAAAUCCAGGAUGCUCACUACUGAAUUCACUUUAAACUACCGUAAGAAACUACUCCUUCACUAGACUUCAUUUGUUGUUAUGUAUGGAGCAAACUCUGAAAUAAAAUUAGUUUUAUUGUUA